AUGAUUACGUACCCCAAACAGCGGAAGCACUUGCAUCUACGUAAUUACGCACAACUACUGCGCUUGCGCUCAUGUUUCCACACACCACUGCCCUGUAAUAACCAACGGAACAGGCACUGUACAGGUAACUCAUGCAAUUAAACUUUGGUUUAUGUUAGUUUUUCAAGUUUCAUCUCGUGUCUCUUUAAAGAACAGCUCUGAAUGUGACCCUAUGUGUUUAUCUGAGAUAAUGUCAUACCCCGGCAAAGUGUCAUUAGAGCUACAUAAACUCAUUUAGCUCAUGUUAGCAGGGACUCUUCCCCUGUUUAUUGCAGAGAUUGUUGAUCAAGAAACUGGUGACCCAGGUUGAUUUUCGGUUUUAAACACUAGUUGACAUUCACGCUAAAUAAAUUUCAUAAGAGUUAAUUGUCUGAACGCACUGUUUUAUUUACUUUAUGAAUGGUGAUAUCGAUAAUUUUACCCUUUUAAAAUCUGACCUCACGUGCUGCAGCAGUAAAACUGGAUCAUAUCCUGUUUUUUGAACUUUGUACGUUCAAAGUUAUUCAAUGAUCAAGAAGUGAUGACAGAUUUAAUGUGUUCCUCUAAGUUUUAACCUGUUGAAACUACUAAAGCUUCUGAGGUAGUCUUGUACAGUUAGGGCUUAAAUGUUAAAACAGGUAGAUAGUCAGGAACUCCAGCCACAAAGUUUGGGAAGAACCAUUUUGACCAAUAGUCAUUUUCAAAUUUAUGUCACUAAAAUUGGGAAGUAAUGACCAGAUUUAACCCCAACAUUUCUAAACCUGAAUGUCCUUAUCGCCCUGCAUAUCCAAACUUUAGCAAAAAGUCAUCUUAUGGAUGAAUAUUUUUGUCCACCCAAAUUUUCUCUGUUGUGGAUAAAAAGCAAGAAAUAAGUAUAACUAUAUCUCUCUGCUAUGAUGUUAGCAGUGAUGGAGGCUGGUGAUGGAGAGAAGACAGAGGAAACACAGCUAGUGCUUCAACCACAGCAGCUGUGUCGCUUCUUCUCUCAAGGAAGACACUGCAAUUUUGGCAGGAAAUGCAGAUUCCUACAUGUAAGAGAUAACACCAGAAUUACUGAGAGGCAAACCAGGACACCCAGUGAAUCAGAUGUCACAUCUUCAAAUUCAGAGACCCCUGCGGGAAAUGUGGGAGACAGGCCCCCUCCCAAAGACGCAAGGGCUGCCCAGACUGCUGUCCGCCGCCCCUGUCGCUACUUUAUCUCUGGGAACUGCAUCAUGGAGGAUAGAUGUCGUUUCUGGCAUCCACCGCAGUUACUCAGUGUGGGUGAUCAGCCGCCUCCAGACCAUAACAGAAAACCUGUGCAGAGAAUGCCCCCUGCACCCCGCCCUGGGAUCCCCCAGGAGGUCAAAUUGUGUGAUUUGACAGAAAACGUCACCAAGGAACUACGAGAUACAGAGAUCAGGCAGCUGAAGAAGCGUUUUCCCAAAGACCAAUUGAUCAUUCAGGAACGAAGCGAUGGAAAAAUGACAUAUUACAGGGUAACUGUAGAGGCCAGUGACCCAGACUGGGUAAAGAUUUUCUCUACUUUCUGUAAGAACUAAAAAUACACUUAUUGGUGUUGUUAUUUCAUUUAUAUUUUUCUUUCAGUCAUUUAUGAACCAAAACUCUUGCACUUGCUAUGUUUUGCUUAAAUAGCUGCUUCUCCACAUAAAUAUCUGUUAAUGGACUAACCUAGGUGUCUUAUUUUGCAGCCUUUUGACCUAAAAGAAGUAGACAUCAUGGUGAGCUUCCCAGAAGAUUACCCAAAGGAGGUAAAGACAACUGCUUAUAUUUACCGGUCAGGUUCUGCUGGCUACGAUUCAGUAACUUUGCAUGUUUGAGACAGUUCCUUAUCAUCUAAAUACAUGUCUUCAGGUUUUCACAUUGGACAUCCCAUUGGAUCAGGAUCUCCCAUCAGUAAUGGCUCGGUAAAAACAUUUACAAAUUGUAUUACCACCUUAUCUCCCUCGUCUUGACAUUGUUUUUACUCUGUGACAACAAAGAUAUGUACAGCAAGCGUCCGUAGAGUGGCUUCAAGCUAAGCAUGCAACCAAUCAGCUUCUGGGAAAGGUAGAGCUGCUCUUCAGGCCUUUUCUUCGCUGGCUAGAUCGUAGUUUGGAGAGACUGUUCACCGAGGGAGCCAGACAGGUGAGACUUCACACUGCAUUCAUAGCAUCAAGUGGGUUUACUUUUUAAACUGCUUUAUUUUGCUAAUGUGCUUGUCUUGUUUUAAUUUUUUUUUUCUGCAGUUGAAAAAAGACAUCGAUUUGGAAAAAGCUGGAUUUCAGUUCAUAACGUACCAAGAACUUCAAGCUACAGUUUGUGAAAAAUCUGGGACUGAUCAUUCAUCUAACUCCGCCCCUGACGAGGCAGAAGAUGAUGUUAAUAAUGAAGGGAAACUGGGGAAGACAGAAAAUGAAAGAACGGACAAGGGAGGGAACCAAGAGGGUACUGGCAAUGAGAAAGAGCAGCUGCAGGAGGAGGAUGAGGAGGAGGAGGCCACUCAUUUGGUGGAGAACAUCAAGAUCAGUGAUCCACGCAGAGGCACAGAGGUAAAGCUACUGGGACUGAGGCUGGGAGAGAACACUGCCACUGUGGUUGCCCAGCAGAUCACAGUUUGUCUUCAGUGCAACAGGUAAUAUGAAAAGCUAAACGACAGGCUAUUGAGGCUACAUGUUUGUCUGUUUUUGUUGAAAGACCUGGAAAGAUUUUCCAAAUGUGAACGGUCUGCAGGUGUAAGGUGACAGCAGACCUUAGCUUGACUGGAAGGACACCCUGCACAGCACAGUGUGAAAAGUGCAGUGCAGACAUCAAGGCUGCAUUCAGGCCCUGCAUGCUGCACCAUUACAGCGAUGUCCUGGGAUACCUGGACCUUCACAAUGCUACUCCUGCUGACUUGGUGCUCCAGGAAUCUGAACUGAUUGUGGGCUGCCUCAGCUGCUCCCAGGAGGGCCCUUUAAAGGUGAUAAAAGCAGCUACACAUACUCUUUGUGUGUGUGAGCAACUAACAGAGGUCUUGAUGAUGACUUAAAUUAAAUUGCAUUGUUUGUCUUUAUUUUUCCCCAGAAUGUGUCCUAUGGUCAAACAAAGGAGUUCAACUGUGAACACUGCCACAGCAAACUCAGUAUUCUUUCAGAGAGCACGAGGUUCCAGUACAUUCAGCCACGUAGCAACAAAACAGGUCAGAAUCUGCUGACAUUAUCGUCAAAAAGAUCGGCAAAGGUUUGAGAUUAUGAACAAGAAACCGCCUCAUGUUUCCUGUUAUUGAUAACUAUUGAUGUAUGCAGUCAGUGUAUAAAAACCUUCAUAUGUGAGGAUUUAUAGUGGUACUAAUGUAGUUACUUUUAACAUACUUGGACAGGCCAGAGGAGAUCAUGUGAUUUUCUUUGUUCCUCUUUUUUCCCCCUUUUUUCAGGUCUGAGUUCUGGUACUGUUAAUCACAAGACUUGGAGAGACCCUGCUGUCCAAAAGGGAAAGCCCCUGCCAGAAAAAGGAACUUGCAAACAUUACAAACAGAGCCAUCGCUGGCUGAGGUAUGAUUAUCACUGUCCAAUUACAGUUUGAGAAUUCCAAUAGUUUCAUGUAGAAAGAUUAUGACCAUAGAUCUGUGCUACCCCGAGGUUUCCCUGCUGUGGCCGGGCUUACCCCUGCGAUGUAUGUCACGAUGAGGACCAGGACCACCCCAUGGAACUGGCAACCCGGAUGAUCUGUGGCUACUGUGCCAAAGAACAGGUGAGUGAUAGGAAUAGCAUGACACUGCAUAUUAUGUCAGACAUAGGUCUUGUUUUGGUAAGUUUUAACCAAUCAAACUGCUUCAGCAGUCGCAUGACCCACAUUUUUUGUGGUUUUUUUGUUUAGCCUUAUGGUAAUGGAAAGCCCUGCAUGAGUUGUGGAAGCAUGAUGACCAGAGGCGCACGCACCAGCCACUGGGAGGGAGGACUGGGAUGCAGAAACAAAGUCAAAAUGUGCAGGUACACUAAACAAAGUCAAGAUUAGACACAUUGCUUACUGGAAACAUUACUCAUGUAAACAUUUUAAAGGAGAUAUUAUUCACAGUAGAAAACUGACUUUAUGUUAGCUUGACAAAAACUUGUAAGAGUUGUCAUUUGUCUUCCUCUUCAGAAAUGACCGACAGAAGUAUGCCAACACCAACAAAACAGUUUCAAGGAAGGCAGCUGGUGACAAGAAGUAGGAGAAAGAUGGAUUGAUGCCUUUGUCUUAAAAAAAUAAACCUAAUUUGAUAUAAUUGCAAUGAAAUUCUAAAAUAAUGCCAAUAAAUCAUGUUGUUUAUGAUCA